UGCUUCAGUGUAAACAAACCGUCGAGCGAGCGGCGCGUGAUGGGCUCCAGCGGAGCGGAGCGAGCGGCGAAACGCGUGUUUCUGGCCGCUCUGUGCAGUGUGUGCCAGGCGCUGCAGGGCGGGAUGCUGUUUCCCACAGAGUCUGCCUCCAGAGAAGUGAAGGACGCGAGCGGCCUGUGGCGCUUCAGGGCGGAUCUGUCUCCGGAGCGGAGCCGCGGCUUUGAGCAGCAGUGGUACCGGAGGCCUCUGGCGGAGACGGGGCCUGUUAUUGACAUGCCGGUGCCGUCCAGUUUCAAUGACAUCACACAAGAUGCCAAAAUCCGGGAUUUCAUUGGCUGGGUGUGGUAUGAGAAGGACGUAUGGGUGCCGGCGCGCUGGAUCCAGGACCGGGGAACGCGGAUCGUGCUCCGAGUGGGAAGCGCUCACUAUUACUCAGUGCUUUGGGUGAACGGGGUCAAGGUGACCGAGCACGUGGGCGGUCAUCUCCCGUUUGAGGCGGACAUCAGCGGCGUUCUGCGGCAGACGAGCGGGAGUGCGUGUCGAAUCACCAUCGCUGUGAACAACACUUUGACUCUAGAGACGCUUCCACCGGGAACCAUCCAGUACAUGAACGAUCGCAGCAGAUACCCCGCUGGCUACUUCGUUCAGAACACUAACUUUGAUUUCUUCAACUACGCUGGAAUACACCGAUCGGUCCUGCUGUACACUACACCGAAGGCGCACAUUGAUGACAUUACAGUGGAGACGACGUUCUCUGAUAACAUCGGGCUGGUCAGUUUUAACGUGUCUGUGUUGGGCAGCUCUAAACCCGCUGUGAAAGUCACGCUCUCGGCUCAAGACGGCAGAUGCGUGGCUUCGGCCGACGGCUCCAGAGGAGUCCUCAAAGUCACAGACGUCAACCUGUGGUGGCCGUAUCUGAUGCACGAAAACCCAGCUUACCUUUACUCCAUGGAGGUUCAGGCGACAGCAGAGGACGGACAGACGGAUGUCUACACUCUUGCUGUGGGAAUUCGUACCGUUAAAGUCACCAGCACACAGUUUCUCAUCAACAACAAGCCGUUUUACUUCCACGGGGUCAACAAACACGAGGACGCAGACGUGAGUGACACCAGACACAACACGUACGUUUUAUUUUUUUUAACUUCACAUCUUAAAUUGUUGCUGUUUUUCUGAAGGGAACUGGUGUCUCAUACGAAAUCUCUGGAUUCCUCUCGGCCGGUCACGUACAUCACAGCCAGCAACUAUGCCAGAGAUCUAGGGGCUCCGUAUGUGGAUGUUAUCUGCGUGAACAGCUAUUUGUCGUGGUAUCAUGACCCGGGUCACACAGAGCUCAUCAGUCUUCAGCUCAACACUCAGUUUGAUGACUGGUACGGCAAAUACCAGAAGCCCAUCAUCCAGAGCGAGUACGGAGCGGACGCCGUGCCCGGCCUACACAGCGAUCCACCCAUGAUGUUCACCGAGGAGUAUCAAACCACGGUCCUGCAGAACUACCACAACGUGUUCGACCAGAAGAGGAAGGAGUUCGUGAUUGGAGAGCUGAUCUGGAACUUCGCCGACUUCAUGACGACUCAAACUAUCACUCGAGUGGUUGGGAAUAAGAAGGGAAUCUUCACUCGGCAGCGGCAGCCCAAAGCCGGAGCGUUUCUGCUGCGAGAGCGAUACUGGAGGAUCGCCAAUGAGACCGGUGUGCUGCCCACCUGGACCAGGUAUCCCUGCCUGUGAGCCGGAUUAGCUGCUUCCUGUGUGGGAAGACCAGGUCAGACUGGACUGUUUAUCAAGUGGAAGUGCCUUAUAUGUGACCCUGCAGCACAAAAGCAGUGUUAAGUCGCUGGGGGAUAUUUGUAGCAAUAGC